AGAGAUCAGUUCAGAACAAGAGUUCAACAAGAGCGCUACCAAACCCAAACCCAAACCAACAGCAAAAUGAAAUUCGCCAUCGCCGUUGUCUUCACUGUGGCCCUUGCCAUGGGCGUCCAGUCGUCGGUGAUUCCCCUGCUCUCGCAGGUGGCCGGACACGGACUCUCCUACACGGCCGUGUCGGGACCCGCUGUGAUCGCCUCUCCCUGGGCCCAUGCCGCCGCCCCCUGGGGUCAUCCCGCCGCCGCCUGGCCCGCAGCCGUGACCGUUGGCGCCUGGCCCCCAGCAGCCCCCGCUGUCGUUGCCGCCCACUCCCCCGCUGUUGUGGUCGGCCCCGUGGCCCAUGAGGGUGUCUACACAGCCCAGACCCGUGGUGCCAUCCACACCGCUCCCCUGGCCGGACACAUCCAGUCGGUGGCCUCCAUCAACGCUGCCCCCGCUCCCGGAACCCUGUAAGUGAGAGGAUCUCCUGAUGGACUACAAUCCACCACCACCGAUCGGACCGCCCCGCCAUGCCAAGGAACUGCCAUUGAUGGAUCCUCCCUCCCCGGGGGGCUCCUCAACUCAACCCCAAUACUGUUGUACAUAAAUGUAUAUAGAUCUAUAUAGACAGGGUACUCGCACCUAGCACUUGAACUUCAACCACCCCUACCAUAACUAGCCAUCAAAAUUCCCUUUCGACCCAAGCACCGGCCAACACUGGCUGUGUCCCUUGCGCUCUUUAUUUAUUUCGAAUACAUGUUCCAAGCAUUCCUGUGAAAACUAGGCAGAAGGACUUUCCUUUGAAGGAAUGCCACGACCAUUCCCUGGGGAAAUGUUUGAAAUUUUGCAAAUAAAGAAAAUGUAACCAA